UAAAAAGGGGGAGGAAAAACAAGAGGAAAGAGGGCCCUUUAUGGAGCAGCAGUGCAGGAAUGUGAAAGAUGCUGAGUGUCCACCUGAUCCACGGCUCUGCGCCCGAGGGAGGAGGGUCUCCAGUCUCACUCCACUCCACUCAGGCUGCCAUCACACGGCUCAGCUCGGCUCGGCACAGGAACAGGCAGCAGUCAGAGGAGGGACAUCCACAGGGAGCGCGGCGGGAGACGGACAUGUUUGUUUGUCUGUCUGUGUGCACGGGAGCCGUUUCCUCAAAGCUCCGAUGAGUCGUCGGCUUCCCGCGUUCUGUUAUUCUCACAAGGAAGCGAGGAGCAGACGCGACGCGCAGGGAAAACACACGCCAGCAUCGCCGUCGUCAUCUUCAUCAUCAUCAGCUGCUGCCGCUGCUGCUGCUGCUGCUGCGCCGUGUGAGGCGAGGUCAUCGCGCAAAACACGAUUCUUCUGAUCCACUGAGCCUCGAUCUCAAUCUCAAUCUCUGCCGAGCCUGACAAAAUAGCACCUCAGUCAUUUGCCAUUUAUCUUUCCAUCCUGUGCUAUUGUCGAUUCCUUUAAAGAGGAUGUGAGGAGGAGAAUGACUGAGGAGAGAAAACCCCAGUAAAUCCAACCAGAACAUCGGGAUCAGGCGGUUGCUAUGGACAGACGGGUCAACUGAUACCAGACACUCCUGGCUCCACUCGUGAAUUGACAAUGGUGUUGUUUCUAAUCGGGAUCUCUAUCGCUGUGAAUAAUUCAUCCCAUGGGAACCAAACUGCAGAAAACCCCACCCACCAGGGCGCUCACGUGUUGCCCUCGACGCUGAUCAUAUCCCUGCUUCUCAUCAUCAUUGUCCUGCUGACAGUCUACUGUCUGAGGUUCAAAAACCACAGGAAGGCUCUAGUUACCUCGGUGGAUAAAAAGAUUCCCAAUGGCUUCUUGGAAGAACAAGGAGAGCAGACAGUGGUCCUUCUCCCCAGAUCUCCGUCGCCAUCCAAGAGGUACUUCCCAAUCCCCCUGGACUCGCUGGAGGAGGAAUACCGGAUCCGCUCCGCAGACGACGGCAAGCUCUUCAGAGAAGAGUUCAAUUCGCUGCCGUGUUACUACCACCACGGGUCCUUUGAGGAGGCGAGCAGAGAGCACAACAGAGAGAAAAACAGAUACCCAAACAUUUUGCCAUAUGAUCAUUCACGAGUGGUGCUGAGUCACCUCGAUGGGCAUCUGUGCUCCGACUACAUAAAUGCGUCCUACAUUGACGGUUAUAAAGAGAAGAACAAAUUCAUCGCAGCUCAAGGACCGAAACUGGAAACAAUUGCCGACUUCUGGAGGAUGGUUUGGGAACAGAAGACGUCAACUAUAGUGAUGCUGACGAAUCUGAAAGAAAGAAAGGAGGACAAAUGUUAUCAGUAUUGGCCGGAGAAAGGCUGCUGGAUGUACGGAAAUGUCCGGGUGGCAAUGGAGGACUCCACUGUGCUGGUGGACUACACCAUCAGAAAGUUCUGUGUGCAGUAUCAGGGCAGCGACGGUCCCCGAGCUCCACGACUGGUCACUCAGCUCCACUUCACCAGCUGGCCAGACUUCGGGGUGCCGUUCUCGCCCAUAGGCAUGCUGAAAUUCCUCAAGAAGGUCAAGGCUGUCAAUCCAUCGUAUGCUGGACCCGUUGUUGUGCACUGCAGUGCCGGCGUGGGAAGAACCGGGACGUUCAUUGUCAUUGACAGCAUGAUCGACAUGAUGCACACGGACCAGAGGGUGGACGUCUUUGGCUCCGUGAGCAGAAUACGACAGCAGCGCUGUCAACUCAUCCAGACAGAUAUGCAGUACUCCUUCAUCUACCAGGCUCUGCUGGAGUACUACCUGUAUGGAGACACAGAGCUGGAUGUGUGCUCUCUGGAGGGCCAUCUGCAGAGGCUUCACAACACCAGGGCCCCUCACGACAGGCUGGGCCUGGAGGAGGAGUUCAGGAAGCUGACCAACGUCCGCAUAAUGAAGGAGAACAUGAGGACUGGGAACCUCCCCGCCAACAUGAAGAAGAACCGUGUGCUUCAAAUCAUUCCGUAUGAUUUCAACCGAGUAAUACUGUCAGUGAAGAGAGGACAGGAGUUCACCGACUACAUCAAUGCCUCCUUUAUUGAUGGCUACAGGCAGAAGGACUAUUUUAUCGCAACCCAGGGCCCGCUGUCUCACACAGUGGAGGACUUCUGGAGGAUGGUGUGGGAGUGGAGGUGCCACUCAAUCGUUAUGCUCACCGAGCUCAAAGAGCGGGAGCAGGAAAAGUGCUUCCAGUACUGGCCAUCAGAGGGCAGUAUAACAUUUGGAGAUUAUACUGUGGAGCUGACGGCCGAUACGCAGUGUGAGACCUUCACUCUCAAAGACAUGGUGCUCACCUGCAGACCAGAGAAGCAGUCACAACAUGUCCGGCACUUCCACUUCCACGGAUGGCCUGAGAUCGGAAUACCAGCUGAGGGAAGAGGAAUGAUUGACAUUAUUGCCGCUGUGCAGAGGCAGCAGCAGCAGUCUGGAAACCGUCCCAUAAUUGUGCACUGCAGUGCCGGCGCGGGUCGAACAGGCACCUUCAUCGCCCUCAGUAAUAUUCUGGAGCGGGUGAAGGCGGAGGGCCUCCUGGACGUCUUUCAGACCGUCAAGAGUUUACGCAUGCAGAGACCACACAUGGUUCAGACUGUGGAGCAAUACGACUUCUGCUACAGGGUGGUUCAGGAUUUUGUUGACAUUUUCGCCGACUACGCCAAUUUUAAAUAACACACCAGAUCUGCUGUCUCAUUUUAGGGUCAAAUUAACUUAUUAUGCAAAUAAUUUUUCUUUCUUCUUCCUGAAUGUUGUUUUCUAAAAGCAAUGCUCUUUUUACAUUUUUGCACAGAUUUAAAAAAAAUAAUAAUAAUAGUAAUAAAA